CACACAGGUGACCCUCAUUCCUGGAAACUCACUGCCCAAACACGGAACAAUCCAGGGUUCAUUCUGCACACUGACCAUGGCUACUAUGGGGGGUGGGCAAGACGCUGUUGUGCUCUGUGUGCUGUGCAUGUUGGUGCAGAGAUGCAGGCAGGAAUGUGGCUGUGAGACAAUGGUUUUAGGUGAAAUGACAAAUUCUGUUUUCCUUCCCCAAAUUAUGCCAGCUAGAUCAUACACCUGCAGCAUGCAGACGUGUGUCACUGUUCUCAUGUAACAGAUAAAUAGACAUAAUUGUAGAGAUUUACUUAAAUGCUUCAUAGGAUCCAGACAAGACAAGCUGAUGGUUGAGGGAAGUAUUGUCACAGCAUCUCCAUCAGUAGAAAGCCACUCUGAUUUGAUCCCUGUGGCUGGAGGAAACAACAGCAGUUCAGCCACUCUGUUAUUGCAGAGGGAGGUGAUGAGUCUGCAAAACACAAUGUGCAAAACACAAUGUACAAAACAUCUGAUAAUGAGCCCAGCUCUGUCAGGAUUAAACAGGUUCAGUGCCAUAGAAGAUGCAUGAGAUCAGGAAGAAGAGCAGACUGCUUGCAUUUAACCAGAGGAAUUGGACUGAACUAACCCACAGGUUUCAAAGAAAUUCACUUCAGUGAGGCCAGCCUUGUCUUGAAUACCUGUACUACUGUACGUGACCAGUCUGUUCACUGAUAGGAGGUUAGUGAAUAAGGAGCAAUAAUUUAAGUGCGUGCAAAACAAAAAGUGCAGCAGAAAGAGCAAGCAGGAGCUAGGUGGAAACAUUUCCUUUCUCAUCCCUGCAAAUUGCACCUAACCGUUUUAUUUCCUUUUCAGUUUGCAGGCAGGUACUGUAGCAGUGACGGCAGACACCAUUCCUGCCCCCUGAGGGGCUUUUCAUGGUGUUUGAAUUUCUUGUGCAAGGCUAUUUUGCUUGCUGUCAGUGAUGUUUUCCUCCAUCAUCCUCUCUCUGAGAAGGAAACUGGAGAGAGGUGCUUGGUAGCUGGGAACACAAAGGGCGAGUAGCUACAAAGCCAGUGCUAAGUGUGCUUGUAAACACUGGAAAUCAUCUUUAAAAGCAAAUACCACUGAAAUAAGCUGACUUGCGUCAGGAGCCAUAGUUACAGAGGUGGGAAGCAGCAUGACUGCAUCAAGGGGUGUGGAUAAAUUUCAUCUUGCAGGAUGUCAUAUUUGUCUUUUCAAGAGAGGCGAUGCUUGCUUCAGCCAGCUCCUACGGAACGGGCAAUGUUCAACUUGUGUCUUCAGCUUAGCUUUGGAAAGGCUAAAUUGUUCUUUAGAGGCAUAAGUUGCUCACACACUUCACAUGGAAAGUGAGGAGUGGACUGCCACGCUCUGCGGUAGCCUCAGGUUUUGGGCAGCUCUGAAGAAGCCAGUGCAGCCCACGAGGCCUCAGCCCAGCAGGGACCUGUCUCUGGCUGCAAGUCCUCCCGAGCAUCCUCCAGUGUGGAAUGCUGCCAAGGAGUCUGGUUCUGCCCAUGAGGACACUGGGCUGUGUAAAUGGCGUGAACUGAUUCUUAAAGGCUUGGCUUUGGUAAGGUGGUAGUUAUGUGGCAAUCGGUUACAAUGCUGACACCAACACUGGUGGAUUUGAAAUGGGCUUUUCCAAAUGAUGCUACAAUCCUGCUUUCCCAGUAAGGGAAUGAAUAGAUGAUGUGGAUUUUUUUCUGUGAGAAAAGUUCAGUUCUCUUCCCCCCACACUUAGAGAGACUCAGAACAAUCAUUAUUAAGGGACUUCUUGGAGAACUCCAUUUUUUGCUUCUCAGAAGGUAAGUAAGGGGAUAUUUGAUCUAACAAGACACAUCUGUACCAGCCUGCAGGCUGAGAUACUUUCUAGCAGUUCUCCCACCAGGACUUUUUUUCCUAGAAACUCCCUUCCAUGGAAUAUUAUGCUUGUAAGUUUCUUAUUCAAAGCUGUUUCUGAUGUAAAACUAAAGCAAAUCAAGUUACACAUUAACCUCUUUCUUUUAGGGCAUGUGCACAUCACAGAUUUCAAUAUUGCCACGAUGCUAACUAAAGGAAUACAGGUCACCACCAUUGCUGGCACAAAGCCGUACAUGGCACCAGAAAUGUUUAGCUCCACAAAACCCACUGGCUAUUCCUUUGCUGUGGACUGGUGGUCACUGGGAAUCACUGCCUACGAGCUGCUCAGGACCCGGAGGCCGUAUCACAUUCGCUCCAACACUUCCACAAAUGAAAUCGCACACGUGUUCAGGACAGCAACAGUGAUGUACCCUGCUGCGUGGUCCACAGAGAUGGUAUCGCUCAUCAAGAAGUUGCUUGAGCUGAACCCCGAGAAGCGUUUUUCUCAGCUGAAAGAUGUCCAGGACUUCCCAUAUCUGUCAGAUGUGAACUGGAAUGCCGUUCUCCAGAAAAGGAUAAUACCGGAGUUCAUUCCCACGAAAGGCAGACUGAACUGUGACCCAACCUUUGAACUGGAAGAAAUGAUCCUAGAAUCCAAACCUCUUCACAAGAAGAAAAAGCGCUUGGCUAAGAAGGAGAAAGACACCAGCAAAAGCAAUUCCUCCCAGGCCUGCCAUCUUCAAAAGCACCUGGAGAUGCUCCAGCGGGACUUCAUUGUUUUCAACAGAGAAAGGCUGUCCCGGAAAAGCACCUGGGUACCAGUCAUUCGCCAGUGCCUGGUUGUUGCCUCAUCAUUUCCACUUCUGUCUGCAUGCUCUAAGCACCCACCAGCCCCGCCCUGUGAGAAGCAGGUAGAGGAACAGCGUUGGAGAGAGGGGAGAAGGAGUAGAUUGGCUGCUGCACUGCUACUUUCUUUCACCUGCUGUGCCUGGUUACCUGCAUUUAUUUGCUUAAGUCAGGCUCUUGGCAUAGUUGCAGCAUGUGUGUGCAGGGGGCUGCUAGCGUGGAGACAACCAGCUGGGAAACCGUGACCCUCUUCUGCCCAGGGAGCUGCAGAGCUGGAGUGGAAUUAGUUCACCAGCAAGUGGUUAUUUGAGUCUUCAAAGGUAGUCACUGCAGUGGGAAAACCACCUCCUUCUGCUAAGUCACAGCCUAGUCAAAUUAGUAUCGCCAUGUCCUUGCUCGCCCCUUCCUCAUCUGUCCCCGCUUUCUAGCCAUAAGACUGCCGAGUGGAGCAGCAUCUACCUUCAGCUUUAUCCCUCACAGGGAGGAAGCAGCUGCAGCAUUUUCCAUCAAUCUGUUCUUUGCCCAGUCCUAUACCCAUCAAGAGGAACUGUGCCAAGAGCUGUACCUGUCCCGCACACAGCUAUCAGUGCCUGGCUCCAGUGCAGGUAGUGGAGAGGUUCACAUACCAUAAUGUGUUUACCUGGAGCCCCAGACAAGGAAAUCAGCCCUGCUCCUUGCUAGGGACAAAUCUGUUGCUGUAUGAAUACCAUUGUACUGGCUGACCCCCAAAGAAACCAAAACCUUGAGUACUUGGAAGGUAAGAACACCACCACACCAUCUCUUUAAAAAUUCCCCAGACUUCUAAAACCAUCUCUUCUUUCCCCUCUUCUUCUGUAAACAGAGGCACGGCCUUCGCUUAAUCACUACCAGGCAAUGGGGGAAAAAAAUCUUUGUAAUUACUUGGUAGCAGAGCUUCACAAAACUUCUAAAGUAUGAACAGCCCUCCCCACCCCUGGCACAACUGCUCUGGCACAGGCCCUUAAGGAUUGCGGCAUGGUUAGCUUGUCCUGUGUGAGUUGCAGGCAUGUAAAAUAUGUAUUUCAAGGUCAACUAUUUAAGGAAGAAAAAAACCCUGUCUAUUUAUUUAUUUAGCACAGCCUAAGUUGACACUUUUUGUAAUGUUUAAAAAACAAUCAAGGGGCUUCUGCAUGCUUUGCAAAUUGUAGAAGCCUGUGAUAAACACAGCUUGAUAGAGGGAAGCAUUUAACUUGCUAGUGCCCGCAGAAAACAGCCUCCAAAACAGUUCUAGCUGGGAUGACACGAGCACUAUUCCCAGGAAGCAGGGUGUGGAGCUGCUUCUGUCACCACAAAGACAAUAGACACAGCUCUCAUUGGGUGUUAACAGCCAGUGAUGGCCAGGUCAGGCUGUAGCAACAUGACUUGCAACGUACUGUUUCACUGCCACCUUUGCUCUUGCCCCAGAAUCUAUGCCACUACCCCAACCCCUAAAGCAGCCAGCACCACUUGGUUUCCACGCGGGAGCCUGUCCCCACAAUCUUCCUCUGGCUCAAAUACCACCCAAAGCCCCUCCUGAAGCCCCACUGCCCAGCUCACCACAGCAGCCUGGGGAAGAAGAAAGCCAAACAGCAACACAAGUUGUUUGAAGGAACAACUGGGUUUUUUUAAUAAAGUGUACAAAGUAGUAAAAUGUCCACGAGGCACCAUGACAGCUGUUACAGAGACCAUCCUGGUCCCCAGGGGCCUCGUGGUGAAACACCGAUGAGCACUGGGUGGAGAUGAAGGACCUGACCAUGACCCAGACCCACUGCCCCCACCAGCUCCUGCCCGUCUCUCACUGCGUCCCUGGCCGGUCCCAACAAUUCACCUGGCCAGUUCACCCACACCGGGUCGUUCCCGCUGUCCCACACCAUGGCAUCCCACACACGUUCAACACAAAUAACACACUGAACCGAGCGACCUGUCUGAGCAGCAUGCAUACAAA